AUGACCUCGAUAUGUGGGAUGAUGAUUCCCAGACCGCUGCUGUUCCAAAAUCGGCAAUGGAAUUUAUCAGAUGAUCUUGGACAAAUUGAAUAUAUCUUUUCUGAUAAAACCGGCACGUUGACCCGUAACAUCAUGGAAUUUCGUCAAUGUACGAUUGCUGAUAAAGUAUAUGGUAGAAAUGGUUGGGGUGGUAAAACAGAUGCCGAGAAAGGGAAGGAAUUGAUUCAAGGAGUACAAGAAGUGGUGGAGAAACGAGAUUUGGAUCAAAAAGAAAUUUUUAAUCAAUAUUUAAGUGAAUUAAAAAAAACAUUUGAGCCAAAGUAUUCGAGCACUGAUCCAUACUUUUUGACAUUUGUCGACCCUGAAAUCUUUAGAGAUUUAAGGGGUGAAAAUGAUGAAACGGGCGAUGACGCUGGAGAAGAAUCAAAUGCUGGUGGGAAUUUGGAGUGUAGGCGCAAUAGGUCUAAUUUGUUGAGAGAAUUUUUUACCUUGUUAGCAGUAUGUCAUACUGUUGUAGUUGAUGAAAUCCCUUCUGAGGUCUCAGAAGCUGAAAGUCAAGGCACAGGUAGUAGUAAUAAAAGAAAAACUUCAAAUAAUGAACCUACAUCUGAAGAUACUAGUGAUUCAAAUUUAAAUGUGGAAGAAAAGAAUAAUUCAAGCCUUGAUUUUACCAAAGAAAAACUUAAAAAUUCACUAAGACAAGUAUUGCCGUCAUUCAAAAAACUUGAAACAGUUCUAAGUCCUCUUCCUGCUGGCACCAUAAAAUCCAUUCCGAUCGAUAGUACAGUUGUUAAAAAUAUUAUUUACAAAGCAGAAUCGCCUGACGAAGCGGCCCUUGUAGCAGCAGCAAAAAACGUUGGAUUUGCAUUCUUAUCACGAACAACAAAUACACUUACGAUUGAUAUUCUUGGUAAGGAGCACACUUUUGAAAUUUUAAAUAUAUUAGAAUUCAAUUCAACGCGUAAGAGGAUGAGCGUAAUUGUUCGUCGUCCGGACGAAUUAGGCGGUGGUAUUGUAUUAUUUUGUAAAGGAGCUGACAAUGUCAUUAUGGAAAGAUUGGCUAAAGGUCAAGAAGAAUUUGUCGAAGUUACAAAUCAGGAUAUCGAAGAUUUUUCAAAUGAUGGACUUCGAACAUUAACGUUAUCGUAUCGAGACCUAAAUGAAGCGCAAUACAACUCAUGGUCAAGGAAAUAUAACGAAGCCUCAUCCUCAUUGACAGAUCGUUCCGAAAAAAUUGAUGCUGUUUCUGAACUUAUUGAAAAGGAACUUAUUCUUUUGGGUGCAACCGCCAUUGAAGACAAACUUCAAGAAGGUGUACCAGAUUGUAUUGCAUCUCUUCGUGAGGCUGGUAUUAAAGUUUGGGUGUUAACUGGUGAUAAGUUGGAAACAGCAAUUAAUAUUGGAUUUGCUGCGCAAUUAUUAACAAAAGAGAUGAGACUCUGGAUUGUGAGAGGUUCCAAAAAAGAAAGUGUCAUGAAACAGUUCAAUGAUGUAGCUGGUUCACUCAUAGGUGAUCAGAAUGUUAAAAGAUUCACGGAAGAUAGAGAGGAAAUCCAACCAGUAUCAGAAGGAGAAGUUCAUGCAUUUGUGGUUGAUGGCGCAGCAUUAGCACAUUUGUUAGAUGAUGAUACGGUUCGACAACAAUUAAUUCAAUUAUCAAAUGUUUUCCAUUCUGUAAUAUGUUGUCGUGUGAGUCCUCUUCAAAAAGCUAUGGUAGUUGAGUUAAUUAGAAGAGGGAAAAAGUCAACAACAUUAGCAAUUGGUGAUGGAGCUAAUGAUGUCAGCAUGAUUCAAGCCGCGAAUGUUGGCAUCGGCAUAUCCGGACAAGAAGGUGUUCAGGCAGCAAUGGCAGCUGAUUACUCCAUUGCACAAUUCCGGUUUCUUAAGGCACUUUUGCUUGUUCAUGGACAUUGGGAUUAUUUGAGAAUUUCAGAGAUGAUUCUAAACUUCUUUUACAAGAAUGUGAUUUGGGUAUUUCCUGUGUUAUGGUUUCAAAUAUAUUGCUUUUUUGUACAGUUAUAUAAUAUGAUGUUUACUGUGGCACCGGUUAUUAUUUUAGGAGCAACAGAUCAGUCAGUUGGGCAACGAUAUUGUUUACAAUAUCCAUGUAUUUAUUCCUUGGGAAUAAAGCAAGCAAGAUAUUCAAAAGUAUUAUUUGGAUUAUAUUUCCUUGAUGGUAUAUGGCAAUCAUUGGUGGUAUAUUUCACAUUUAAUUAUAUUUACUCCUUAUCAACAAACAUCACAUCAAUUGACGGAACAUCAGCAGGAACAAUAGAAUUUAGUACAGCAGUAGCAGUUACAGUAGUUAUAAUCGCAAAUUUAUUUGUUGGAUUUAACACAUAUUAUUGGACAUGUCCAAUAUUUGGCAUAGGACAACAAUUAUUUAGCGGUAGUGUAUUUUGGUUUGGCAUGACGCUUGCUAUAUUUAUGGCCGGAUUACCGAGAUAUUUAGUAUUGUUUACUAAGCAAUGGUGGUAUCCCGAUGAUUUAGAUAUCGUUAGACAAAUUAGAAAAAAGGAGAAACUCGAAAAUGAAAAGAAUGAAAAGCGACCCGAAUCAAAUGAUGAUAAGCCUGCCAUUAAUGUUGAGUUGAUAAAUUCAUCAGUUGAUAACAAUAAUCUUAACGUUAAUAAAGUUUAA